CUCCACUUUCUCGCUAUCAUGAUUUCUUCAGGCAAAAUCAAAUCCGUCGAUUUUUACAGAAAAAUCCCAAGAGAUUUAACUGAGGCAUCAGUAUCUGGAGCAGGGUUAUCCAUAAUAGCAGCUCUCUCCAUGAUGUUUUUAUUUGGAAUGGAACUUAAUGAUUAUUUGUCUAUUGGCACCUCUACAUCUGUCAUUGUUGACAAGAGUUCUGAUGGGGACUUUUUACGUAUAGAUUUCAAUAUCAGUUUUCCUGCCCUCUCAUGUGAGUUUGCAUCAGUUGAUGUGAGUGAUGUGCUGGGAACAAACAGGCUGAAUAUAACAAAAACAGUUCGGAAGUUUUCUAUUGAUUCAAGUUUAAGAUCAACUGGGGCUGAAUUUCAUUCAGGACCAGCUACUAAUCUCAUUAAGCAUGAUGAUGAAGUAGAUGCAGAAUCCAUUGAAGGUUCUUUUGUACUCACAGAACACAACUUCGAUAAAUAUGUUCAUCAGUUUCCAAUUACAAUUGUAAAUUUUUAUGCUCCGUGGUGUUAUUGGAGUCAACGCUUGAGACCUUCGUGGGAUAAAGCAGCUAAAAUAAUGAAAGAGAGAUAUGAUCCUGAAAUGGAUGGCCGAAUUCUUUUGGGGAGGGUAGAUUGCACUCAAGAUGGAGACUUAUGCAGGAGAAUACCCUUUUUCAAGCAUCACAUACAAGGGUAUCCAUCAAUUCGUAUCUUUCGUAAAGGAAGUGAUGUCAGAAGUGACCAUGGACAUCAUGAUCAUGAAUCCUAUUAUGGAGAUCGUGAUACAGAUAGCCUAGUCAAGACAGCGGAGAAUUUAGUGGCAUCUAUCCCUGCAGAAUCUCAGAAGCUAGCUUUGGAGGAUAAUUCCAGUGUUACAGAGAAUAUAAAAAGACCAGCACCAUCAACAGGGGGAUGUAGAAUUGAAGGAUAUGUGCGUGUCAAGAAGGUUCCAGGGAACUUGAUCAUAUCAGCUAGAUCCGAUGCCCAUUCCUUUGAUGCUUCUCAAAUGAACAUGUCCCAUUUCAUAAACCAUUUAUCUUUUGGAAGGCACGUGUCACCUAGGGUCAUGAGUGAUGUGAAGCGUUUGAUACCUUACGUUGGUAGCAGCCAUGACAGGCUGAAUGGUCGGUCAUUCAUCAAUACUCGUGAUUUAGGAGCAAAUGUUACUAUGGAGCACUAUCUUCAGAUAGUUAAAACAGAGGUGAUAACUAGAAAGGAUUAUAAAUUAGUUGAGGAGUAUGAGUACACCGCGCACAGCAGUGUGGCACAGAGUUUACAUAUUCCCGUUGCUAAGUUCCAUCUUGAGCUCUCCCCCAUGCAGGUCCUAAUAACAGAAAACCAGAAGUCUUUUUCACAUUUUAUUACAAAUGUCUGUGCUAUUAUUGGGGGUGUUUUCACGGUAGCUGGAAUUAUGGACUCGAUUCUGCACAACACAAUUAGAAUAAUGAAGAAAGUUGAGCUUGGCAAGAAUUUUUGAUAGAUAGUUGAAAAUUUUAUCUAGCGCAGGGCUCUUGAUUUUGCUAGACCCACUUUAUGGAGGUCUUUUGGUAGAUUGUUAUCUAUAGAUAUGCUAUAAAGCACAAAAAAUGUAAUUUUUUAGUUUUUAUUUCGGAAAAAUGGUCAUUACAUGGAUUGCGAGCUCCAUAAAUGAUCCUGUA